CCUAAACUCAAAUAACCGCACACUAUUGACACAACACUUUGGGCGAACGGGAAUGUUGGCUCUCAUAAAGAGAUCAUAAAUAUCCUUAACCAUCUUGUGAGUCAGAGAAGUCUUCAAGGUUGACAACCAGCGCCAUAUCUCACCCAGGUUGAAAGACAGCGAGAUAGAAGGACUCUAGGAAUAGUUGCCCAGUAUUCCCUGGAAAUAUGGCCGACGAUAACUACGAGCUAUCCGACGACCAAGUCCAAAAUAUCCGUGAAGCGUUCUUUGUGUUCGACCCGGACAAGAAAGGGAUAAUACCGACAAAAAAGCUGGGAGAUGUUAUGCGAAACCUUGGCCACCAGCUUCGACCGGAAGAGCUGGGGGAACUCAUCAAAAUAGUUGACCAGGACUCCAAUGGCACUGUGGACUUUGACGAAUUUCUCCCUCUUAUGGCACAAAAGAUAAAAGAGAAACAAGAGGAAGAAUUCUACAAAAACCUGUUCCGAAUGUUGGAUAAAAAGAAGAAAGGUUUCAUCACGUGCGAUGACCUUCGAUACAUCCUGAAGGGUCUGCGAGACGAGCUGGACCUCAGCGACGAGGAGAUCAACGACAUGAUCCAAGAGGUUGACGAAGACGGCAACAACGAAGUUAGUUUCGAUGAAUUUUUCAAACUCAUGACCUCCGAGUAGAAACAGCACUCAGGACGACAAGACGUAUAACAUUCCAAGACACCAGCAGACAAUCACCCAGUGUUCAUAAAUGUGAACGUGGUCUCUAGCAUACUAUGCAACAGCGGUUGAUCUACUAGCUGCUUACUACAUGUAGCAUUCAGAUAAUGGCAAACCGUGAUAAAUCUAUUCACUUACCCAAUAUCCAGGUUUAGAUCGAAGAAGUAGGAGCAAAGGCGUUCCUUAACCGCACUGGCUGACACAGUGUGUUAGGUGAACGUUCAGAUUACGCUUGUAGCCGCCUUUGGCGCACCUUAGACGUUUUGUAUCACAAAGGAUUGAUAAAAACAUAACCACAAUCAGUGCAUCAAAGCUUCUGUCAGGGAAAGUGUGACAGAUAUCGAUAAAACUUAAGACAGGGAUAAGAUGGCUGUUUCGCAAGAGCUUUCAUCGACAAAGAAGUCGAUACCGCAAUGCUUAGAGAACUCUUCCGUUUGGAGAUAUGCAAUAUACAAAAUAACAAAUAUUUAUUACUCA